UGACUUCUUCAUCGUUAGAUGGCAGUCCAUUGUUUAUAAAUAUAUUGUUUACCAAUUUAAAGAUUGAACAAUUAAUUGUUAAAUGUGAUAAUAGCAUUUUACGAUGAAACAUGAAUUUCUAUUCGCGUAAUUGAUCCAUAACAAAUGUCAUAAAAUUAACAUUUUCAGUAACAUUUUAAAUUUCAUUAUUUUGAUUUUAUAAUAUUUUUAUGAAUAUUUAUUAUUUUGAAAGCGACAAGCUGUAUCUUUCGCGAAUAGUAAAAAUUUAUAGACCCAUGUGUACAUUUUAGCAGUGUAUUGUAAUGUAUAGGUUAUGUUUAUGACCUAAAUAUUUGUUUUCGUUAAAUUGUCGUUGAUUCAGUUACUUUCAGAAAAAAAUUAAACCAAGGCCAUUGUCCGAAAAAAAAUGGAUGAAAUAGAAUAUAAAUUGGAAUCGUCAAAUCCUGUUUUGAUAUCACACGCAAUAUCUAAACUCUAUGAUUCAAUCAAGAAAAAAAGAAACGAUGAAUCAACAGUCAUCAUUACAAAUUUAGCAGAAUUUAAACUACUAUCAACCAAGUGCAAUAGCACAGACACCACGCUUAGUUUAUCUGCUUGUCAAGCCUUGAUCAUGCUAGUUGAGAAUGGAUUAUGGGACAUUAGCGAUGCACUGUCCACUUUUACGUCGAAUCUUUCUUCUAUAAAAAAUUACACAGUUGCUGCUAUGGCUAUCAGUCAUUUAUUAAUGUUAGAUCUCAGGCAUAACAUGGAAAAAAAAACUUUAUAUCCAUUUACUCUUCAUGUACCGCAACAUCCUUUCAUAAUUAUUUUAAAUCGAGAUAAACAUAGUUGGCAAACUGUAUUAAAUCAAAUAACACUUUUUAUGAAUCACAAGGAUCCACGAAUUAGAGAAAACAGCACAGAAGUGUUACGUCCUAUAUUUCUGUAUAUUCUAUGUAAUCCGUCUUUGAAUUCACUGGAUUGCUGUGUGCAACCAGUUUGGCAGCUUUUAAUUAAGUCAAAACAUGGCAUGUACUUGUGGACAGAAGUUUUGCUCUGGUCAUGUACAAGUAAUAUUUAUACUUGUAUUAAUACAAAUAACAGAAUGUUAAAAUUCGCUGAAAAAGCACUAUUAGAGAAGGAUACAGAAUAUUGCACUGCUUUAUUGCCAGUGAUUGCAGCUAUGACUCUACAACUAAUACAUUACAGAUCCGAUCCAGGACCAAAUUUUGACUCAUUGUCUGUUAUUAUAAAUCUAUGCAAUCCUCACAUAGGAAGUCUUAUGUUAGCAUUAAUGGCAGAGAUAAUUGAUAUAUGUCCAGCUAUUUACUUGUACAGAGCUUUACAAAUAUGUACAAUAAUAGCAACCAAAAUGUCAUACAACGAUAUAUUUUUUAAUACUUUAAAGGCAUCCAUUUUAAAAUGGAUGGCAUAUCCAUCAGUAUUAUGUUCUAGUGGUUUAGAUAUGGCAGCUAAUUUAACUAGUCGAACUUUUGCUAAUACUCAGUUCGCGGAUAACGAUGAUGCUCUUUUCAUGAGUAAAAUUUUCGAAGCGUUUACUUUUUCCAACUCUUACGUUCAAUUUUACGUUGAUAUCGUGCGUUGUAUAAAUGUCUGGAAACCGUGUGAUAUCUUAUCGUGGUCAAAGAACAUGUCGCGCGCGCCCAUUGAUUUAAAAAGUAAAUGUAAAUUAUUAUUAUCCGGCCUCUUUUUACAAACAAACGAUCCACAAGUAGCCGAACUAUGUUGUAACAUACUCAUCGAUGUUAGAAAUGAAACAAAAAAUUUCGAAUCGCACUUAUUGUCUUUAGUUUUGCAUAAAUUGACUAAGUGCAAGAGCAGUACAGAAUCCAAGUAUUUACUACUCGUCGUGCCAGAACUUAUAACUAUGACAGAAAACAUUCCAAUUGUUACUCAUACAUUGGACACGUUAUUAAGCGGUGAAAAUCAGUUGAAAUAUUUCACGAUCGAGUUAUAUCUAAAGGCAUUGAAAAACCAACCAAAAUGUUACAGAUUCGUUUCAGCCGCGAUAAUCCGUUUAAUGAAAAACGAUCGUUCUUGGUAUGCGAGUGCAACCUGUGCAAGAGCUAUGAAAUAUAUUUGCGAGAAUCAUCCUGAACACGGAGAAGCUUUGGUGCCCUUGCUAUCGCAGAUAUUAAAUCGUUCCACAGAUACGAACGGUGGAACCGCAAGCGCCCUUGCACUUGAAAGUAUUUCUGCUCUUUGCAACGCUUCCGUAACAGACAUUCUUUCAACGUGGAAGGUGCUGGCCCCGAAAAUGGAAAAAGAGAAACGAACUAUUGUCUUAGAAAGUCUUUGCAAACUAUUCGGCGAUAUUACAUCGUAUCCGUCUUCUGGAUCCGUCGAGGAGUAUGAUCAAUUCAUAGUUGAUAUUAUAUCAAAUUUAUGGAAAUACGUGAUGUACAACGAUGUGAGAGUCGUUGAAUCUGCGCUUGGCGCGUUAAGAUUCUAUCACCUGGAGCAUAUUCCUUUAAAAACAUUACCAGAAGAAUUUCGAUCUCAACUUGUAUUACCUGCUGCAUACGCUGGCAGUUCAACCGAGGAAGCUAAGAAACCGGAAGACAUACUUCCGUACAUACCUGGUAGUUGUUGGAUCGCAAUGCUUCAGAAAAUAAAUAAAUCGGCUCUAUCGGCAGCUGGAGAUCUUUUAAUUUCUUUCGCGACCGAAGAAGUUAACAGUUUCCGAUCUGGAAUUUACGUUUGGCCACAAGGAGAGCCGCGUAAUUACAAAUAUUUGCCAGAAAGAAGCGUAAUAAGAACCAUUGGUGAAUAUUUGAGACGUAGCGACAAAUCCAAUCCCAACAAUCACCGUAUCAUCACAGAAUGCUUGCGAAUAUUCGCUCAUAGAUAUCCCAAGCCAUUGCCAAAUAUAAAUUGGAUCUUCCUCGACGAUACUAUUGAUAUAUCACCUGAAGCUAAAAAAUAUGCCCUUUCCAUCGGAUGCCAUCAGGCAAAAAUAUCUUUGUCUGCCAAAACUUUCAUACAAAAUUAUCUAUUAACAUACAAGUCUGUCACUGAUUCGAAUCUCAUCUUGAAAAACAACGAGUAUCUCACUUUGUAUACGAGUUUCGAAGACUUGUGUCAAGCCAUACAACCAAAUAACAUAAAACUAUUUUUGGAAACCACAUUAGAAUACGUAGUCGACAAAAUGAGUUGCGAUGAUGAAAAUUCGAUAAAUUCGUUCCAUUGUAUUAUGUCGUCGUAUGCUCGAACCUUAAACAACGAAGAAGUACACCACGGCAUCGCUACGCUACUUUCUAAUCUUCUGGAAACGCUUUUAGACAAAAUAGAUUUAACACGCAACCGUUUCAAGUCCUCUUUUAUUGCAGUUUUAAAACUACCGAAAAAUCAUUUAGAAAAAAUAACAUCUCCGAAAGUAUGGUGGGAUGUGACACAUAAUAAAUUAAAAAAUGCCAUCGCUAUCAGAGCCGAGCUGGCUCUAGAGAAACGUUUCGAAUCUCUCUUAAUGUGGUUGAACGAAUUCAUUGACGAUCCUGUAUUUAUACCAAGCAUCCAAACAUAUUUUCUCGAGACUAUACAGAGAGUGCUAACUGAAUUGCAAUUUGAGAAAUUCACCGCAGAUUGGAUUGUAGACUUUAUGACUCAGAUUCAAGGACUGUUGGUGGAAUCAUUGCAAGAUCACAGUACCAAAAUACAAUUUUAUUGUAGGGUUUUAUUUGUGUCUGUUGUCAGUCUGUCUGGCAUAGACUGUAUGUUAAUGAAACAAGACUUAAUAAUUACAUCGCAAAACGUACAAGCGCAACUAUUUCCUCAAGCUCUCGCGAUCCUUUCAGACAGACAUCAUUGGAAACAUGCAGUUCCACAGAUCAUGGAAUGGUUAAACGACAUGAGGAUAAGUACUAUUUUUAAUACGUAUAAAUGUACAUUUCACCGUUCGUUAAUUUGCUUGAGACACAAUCCAUACUACAAAAGUGUAUGGACUAAAUACUUAUCAGUUAAGACUGAGGUUGAAGUAUAA